CACUGGGCUAAUGCACAGUCACGACUGUCGUUGAACGAAGCAUUCAUGUACGAUACCACUCCAGCAACACAUCCCGUUCCACUGCCGCAGUUCAUGCCAAUAUCUCAUCCAAGUCCGAAACAGCUCAAGAAAUGGCACAAAAAACACAAAAAAUUACUCAAGAAGAUGUCUUCAAUGCCUCCACCGAUCCUCACACCUCAUCUACCGCCGAAUCUGCAGCCUUACUCAAGAGCGUACUCGAUGGACAAUCUUAACAGGUUACUGCUUCACCAAUUCAUUCUCCAUGACUUCUGCCGUAUAGCAUUCCAAAUCUCAUUUGUUCAUUAUGCACUCGAACCUCAAUUGUUUUGCUCAGAUUCAUUUUUAUUGGGACAUCUCUAA